GCGUCGGAGCCGAGCCCAGUUGAUCAGGAUGAUCACAGACGUGCAGCUCGCCAUCUUCGCCAACAUGCUGGGCGCGUCGCUCUUCCUGCUUGUCGUUCUCUAUCACUACGUGGCCGUCAACAAUCCCAAGAAGCAGGAAUGAAAAGUGGCGCUUUCUCAGCCCCAGGGUUCCAGGACAUAGUCUGAGGCAA